CUAUUGAGCAUAUGGGAGUUUACAUUUGCAUGGAAGUGCACUGCAGUUGGUCAUGACGCAGAAAUCCAAAAUGAAAAAUGCAUAGCGUACAUAGUAAUUUACAUGUAGCGAAAUAAUAAUCUACAGUGAAUACUUUCGUUGUGAAACUACCCUUAGGGACGCGGCAGGGGUGAAUACUUCGAAGCCCCCGCACGGUACUGAACAUACUUUACUUGUCAUAGGAGCAUCGUCUUUCGGGGCCGUUAGGCCCCGUUAUAUGAGGAGAAAUGGCGAACGUCACGUACGAUAUCAUGUGGCGGGAGGCCAUGAUGGAGCUUCUGGACCAGCUUGAAGCAGAAAAUCCGGAGGACCCCACCUUGGCCCCCAAGGACCUGUCCGAAUGGGCAUGCAUCUACAUCAAGUAUCUGCAAAUCAUGCGGAAACUGGAAACAUCCUACGAUCAGAUGGUACACCCGCAAAAGCGGCAGGAUAUGCGUAAAGCGCUGGAGGCUUGCAUCGGGCGAAUGCUUGAAAUUCGGCAUUGGAUGGUCAAGCUUAACCGAGGACUGGACUUCAUUAACUUGGAUGACAUCUUGGUGGACUUGAAGUUGGGGCCUGAAGUGUUGGAGGUGCCGGUGCCCAAGUACUUCAUCGAGGAUCGCGCGAAGGAGCUGGAUGACCGGGAUAAGUUCCUGGAGGCCCUCAUAGAGAAGUACAACGUAAAGGGACCCGCCUCGUCGCCUAUCAUCCGCAUCGGCGCGCCGCUGGGCGAGGAGGAGGCGAUUAUGAUGAUCCAGAAAAACGAGCGAGGUCGUCAGGCGCGCGAGCGCGGCCGCGUGGCUGCUAUUGCCAAGCGGCAGCGGCAGAUUGAGGACCGGCGCCCGCGGGACGCCAAGCGCGAUCCGCAGACAUCGGAGCAGAAGAACCUCAUGCGCCGCAAGCGGGUCCAGCUGGAGCACGUGCGCGAGUACGACGAAGCGAUUGUGUCGCUCAAAGGCAAAGUACGGGAGCUGGAGGGACAGGACAUGCGGGAGACCAUUCAGGACAAGGUGAACGCGUGGUUCGUGGAGAAGCGCAAUCCCCAGACUGGCGAGUACCCGGACUUCCCGGAGGCUACGGAUGGCGGUUCGCGCGUCAUCCUCAACCCGCCGCCCCCCAGCCUGGCCGUCAUCCUGGAAGAUGUAGGGGACGGCAAGGGCAAGGGCAAGGACCCAAAGAAGGACGUGGCCAAGAAAAAGGAUCCCAAGAGGGACGGCAAGAAGGACAAGAAGGACGACGUUCCCGCCGAGACGGAGCGCAUCGGGGCGGUGUUCAUUCCGGCCAUUGAGGCGGCGGUGCAGGAAUUCGUGGCCAAGUGGCAGGACCGGGACGAGACAGGCAACUUCCACCAGAAGUACGACCCCGAGCUGGUGAAGGACGAGCUGCGUCCCAUCGUCUUUGAGGAGAUUCGCUUGCAGGUGGAUGACGAGAUGCGGGUGCUGCUGCAAAACCUGAAGGACCUUGUGGAGGCGGAACGCGCUGCUAAGCUGGGCAAGAAGGGCAAAAAGAAGAAGAAGAAGGGCAAAAAGAAGGGCAAGAAGAAGGGCAAGGGCAAGAAGGGCAAGAAGAAGAAGGACCCCACGGCUGACCGCUCCAUCGAGUCGCUGUUCGCGGAGCUGGUUUCCAACGGCAUACUGCAGCAGUGUCCCCACGUUCAUGUGCGGGAUUACCUGGGCUCAUCGUCCUUCAUGGCCGCCACCCUGGAGAAGGCCAACAUCAUUCCCGACCCCUCCAUGGCGCAGGUACGGCAAGCUCUCACGGAGUACUGCAUCCUGCCGCUGGGCUCCCAGUUCAUCCACGAGCGGGCGCCGUAUAUCAAGUCGCUGUUGUUGUACGGCGCAGAGAAGACGGGCAAGACGCUUAUGGCGCAGGCCAUUGCCAACCUCAGCGGCGCCAACUUCUUCGACAUCUCCCCGCGCAACACGGACGGGAAGUACCCCGGCAAGAACGUGGCCAUGAUGAUUCACAUGGUUUUUAAGGUGGCACGCACCAUGGCGCCCUCCGUCGUCUACAUUGACGAAGCGGAGAAGGUGUUCCUUACAGACAAGAAGAAGUUGCGAGAGUUUGGCAGCCAGGAGCCGUUCAGUCGCAUCAAGAAGGAGCUACUGAAGGAGGCCAAGGGGCUGGCGCCCGGAGAGCGCGUGCUGGUGCUGGGCAACAGCCGGGAGCCGUACCUGUGCGUGAAAAAGGACGAGCGCGCGUUUAUGGGCUUUUGGUCCAAGCACAUCUUCAUGCCGCUGCCCGACUACGCCUCGCGGCGGGUGGUGUGGCCAGGCCUGUUCGAACGGCACCAGGGACGUCUCAGCUACGAGUUCGACCUGAGCACGUUGGCGCACAUCAGCGACGGCUACUCGGCUGGCCAGCUGGACAUGGUUGUUCACUCCCUGCUCACCAAGCGCCGCAUUGAGCGUCUGCGCAUAGCGCCUGUGGACAUCCCCGAGGUGCUGCAGUGGAUGUGCAAGGUGGAGCCCAUCAGCAAGGAGAUUGACGAGGCGCUGCGGCGCUUCAUGGACAAGACCCCGGCAAUGUCCGUUCUCAAGGGUGGUGGCAAGCCCGGCUCCGCUGGCAAGAAGGGGGGCAAAAAGAAGGGCGGCGGCAAGAAGAAGAAGUGA